CAUGUCCCAGAUGUUGCACAUUGAGAUCCCCAACUUCGGGAACACUGUGUUGGGCUGCCUGAAUGAACAGCGCCUGCUUGGCCUCUACUGUGAUGUGUCCAUCGUGGUCAAAGGCCAGGCCUUCAAGGCCCACCGCGCUGUGCUGGCCGCCAGCAGCCUGUACUUCCGAGAUCUGUUCAGCGGCAACAGCAAGAGCGCCUUCGAGCUGCCGGGCACCGUGCCGCCCGCCUGCUUCCAGCAGAUCCUAUCCUUUUGCUACACGGGCAAGCUGACCAUGGCGGCCAGCGAGCAGCUCGUGGUCAUGUACACAGCCGGCUUCCUGCAGAUCCAGCACAUUGUGGAGCGUGGGACCGAUCUCAUGUUCAAGGUGAGUUCGCCCCACUGCGACUCGCAGACCGCCAUGAUCGAGGAUGCCAGCUCCGCGCCCCAAAGCCCCUGCAACCAGCUGCCACCCACUGCUGCCGCCACGCCCUAUGUGGUCUCCCCAUCUGUGCCCAUCCCGCUGCUGACCCGCGUGAAGCACGAAGCCUUGGAGCUGCCGCCGGCCACUGGCUCCAGCCUGGCCCCCAAGCGCUCGAUGGAGACCGGGCUCCGGGAUGGUGUGGCGGUGGCUGCGGGUGCCACUGUGGCAGCCAGCGCGGCACCCAUCAAGCUGCCCCGAGUCUCCUACUAUGGGGUGCCCAGCCUGGCCACCCUCAUCCCUAGCAUCCAGCCGGUGCCCUACGUCCAGGGCGAGAGGACCAGUCCUGGGGCCAGCAGCCUGCCUACCACUGACAGCCCCACUUCCUACCACAAUGAAGAGGAUGAGGAGGAUGAUGAAGCCUAUGACACAAUGGUGGAGGAACAAUAUGGCCAGAUGUAUAUCAAGUCCAGCGGCAGCUAUGCAGUGCAAGAAAAGCCCGAGCCAGUGCCACUGGAGAGCCGUUCCUGUGUCCUCAUCCGCCGAGACCUGGUGGCCCUGCCCGCCAGCCUCAUCAGCCAGAUCGGGUAUCGCUGUCACCCCAAGCUCUACUCAGAGGGGGACCCCGGUGAGAAGCUGGAGCUGGUGGCAGGCUCUGGCGUCUACAUCACGCGGGGCCAGUUGAUGAACUGCCACCUGUGUGCGGGAGUGAAGCACAAGGUCUUGCUGCGUAGACUCCUGGCCACCUUCUUCGACAGGAACACUCUGGCCAACAGCUGCGGAACUGGCAUCCGCUCCUCGACCAGUGACCCCAGCCGCAAGCCACUUGACAGCCGAGUCCUGAAUGCUGUGAAACUGUACUGCCAGAACUUUGCCCCGAGCUUCAAGGAGAGUGAGAUGAACGUGAUCGCCGCAGACAUGUGCACCAAUGCACGCCGAGUCCGCAAGCGCUGGCUGCCCAAGAUCAAGUCCAUGUUGCCUGAGGGUGUGGAGAUGUACCGCACGGUCAUGGGCGCCUCAGCCGCCAGCAUGCCCCUUGACCCCGACUUCCAGCCCCCCGCCGCCGCCCAAGUGUUCGAGCAGCGCCUCUUCGCCGAGCGCCGGGGUGAUGCUGCCGCCAUCGUGGCUCUGAGAACGGACACCGUGAAUGUAGACCUGGCCGCCGCCACCACCGCCAACAACCCUGCCUUUGAGGCCGGCGAGGAGGCCGAUGGGGCCGGCUCGGUCAUCCAAGAGGUAGCCGCGCCUGAGCCACUGUCCACCGAUGGCCAGAGCCCACCCCAGCUUUUCGAGCAGGGCAGUGCUAGCUCCAGCCGGCCCGAGACGCCGGCCCGGAGACCAGAGCCGGGCAGCUACGCAGGGACUUUGUAAGGGGCGGCGGGCGGAGGAAGGCAUGGCCGCGGACUCCUAAAGACCUCAGCACUAGAGCUGCUUGCAUGCUAUACUAAUACAGACCAAUGUGAUCGGGCCACGACCCUACUGAACUGCUACUAUUGCCUGAAAAUGUGACUUGACUGCUUGUAUCUAAACUCAUGAAGGAAA